UUACAUGACACUGUGACAAGUGGGCAUCUAGGUGUUAAGAAAACGCUUAGAAAAAUUAGACAAAGAUUUUACUGGUAUGGUUUAAGGAAAGAUGCGGAAGCCUACUGCAAAAAGUGUGCAGUUUGUGCUUCUCGUAAAAUGCCCAGAAAGCCAUUUAAAGCUCCUAUGAGGCAAUUUAAUUCUGGGGAAAGAUGGGAACGUGAUCAAGUAUGGUAUUAUAAUCCAACACGUAAAGUUGGUCGAAGCAGUAAACUUGCUAGACCAUGGAAAGGUCCAUAUAAAGUGGUUACAAAAAUUAGUGAUAUAUUGUACAGAAUACAGGGUUUCCGUGAGAAAGCACGUGUAGUUCAUCAUGAUAAACUGAAACCCUAUGAACAAACAACAAACAGACAACAAGAAAGAGAAUUCCUAAGAAAGAGAUUAGCAGAGGAGAGGAGAAAAAUUGAAAUUGAAGAUAAGAAGAAAGAAGAAGAAAGACUGGAAAGAAUAAGGAUAGAAAAGGAAGUAAGGGACACUGAGAGAAGGGUAAUGAAAGAAAUAAUAGAGCAGGACAAGAAGGAAAGGGACGAAGAAAGAACUAAACAACAAAAAUUGAACGAAAUUAGGAAGACAAAGGAGGAGAAAGAAAGAAAAGAGGAAGAGAAAAAGAGAAUUGAAGAUAAGAAAGAAGAAAGAAAUCAGGAAGAGAUAAUAGAAGAAAUUAGGGAGGAAACAGAAAACGGAGAACGAGACGAGGAAGUACAGAAGAGAAAAGUGGAAGACAGAAAGAAGGAGAAUAACAAAACAACUGAAGAAAGAAAGGAAGAAGAAAAUAGAAAGAAUGAAGAAAGGAAGGAAGAAGAAAUAAAGAGCACAGAAAUAGAAAAUAAGCAAAAUAUAGAAAAGAAAGAAAAAACACUAACAAAAAGCAAGAAUGAAAUAACCAGUAAAAACCGACUAAGAGAAAAGUUGAACAUACUUGAGAUAUUGUACCCAAAAUGA